GCCGGGGCCGGGAGCGGCCGCCGGGAGCUCGGAGGACGCGGGGCGCGGCGCGCCCCGGGCACGGACCGAGGGUCUUCCAGCCACUGAGUCCUCUGUAGCUGGUGCCUGGGAAAUGGCAGCCACGGCUAAUGCAGCCUUGAAGACAGUCACUUGCCUGGUGAGCACCGUUACUUAGAAGAUAGGAUUCCAGAGGAGCGGCUCUGCCCAGAGUCAGCCCCGGGGAGAGCUGGGGUCCCGCCGCCCCCGCCCCCGGGAUGAACACGCCCGGCCUCGCCAACCCCUACAGCAUCGUGUCGUCGGAGGAGGACGGGCUGCACUUGGUCACCAUGUCGGGUGCCAACGGCUUCGGCAACGGCAAGGUGCACACACGGCGCAGGGGCCGGAACCGCUUCGUCAAGAAGAACGGCCAGUGUAACAUCGAGUUCGCCAACAUGGAUGAGAAGUCGCAGCGUUACCUAGCGGACAUGUUCACCACGUGCGUGGACAUCCGCUGGCGCUACAUGCUGCUCAUCUUCUCGCUGGCCUUCCUCGCCUCCUGGCUGCUGUUCGGGGUCAUCUUCUGGGUCAUCGCCGUGGCCCACGGGGACCUGGAGCCGGCUGAGGGCCGCGGCCGCACGCCCUGCGUGCUGCAGGUGCACGGCUUCAUGGCGGCCUUCCUCUUCUCCAUUGAGACGCAGACCACCAUCGGCUACGGGCUGCGCUGCGUCACCGAGGAGUGCCCGGUGGCCGUGUUCAUGGUGGUGGCGCAGUCCAUCGUGGGCUGCAUCAUCGACUCCUUCAUGAUCGGUGCCAUCAUGGCCAAGAUGGCGCGGCCCAAGAAGCGCGCGCAGACGCUGCUCUUCAGCCACAACGCGGUGGUGGCACUGCGUGACGGCAAGCUCUGCCUCAUGUGGCGCGUGGGCAACCUGCGCAAAAGCCACAUCGUGGAGGCCCACGUGCGGGCCCAGCUCAUCAAGCCCCGGGUGACGGAGGAGGGUGAGUACAUCCCGCUGGACCAGAUUGACAUCGAUGUCGGCUUUGACAAGGGCCUGGACCGCAUCUUCCUGGUGUCGCCCAUCACCAUCCUGCACGAGAUUGAUGAGGCCAGCCCGCUGUUUGGCAUCAGCCGGCAGGACCUGGAGACGGACGACUUCGAGAUCGUGGUCAUCCUGGAGGGCAUGGUGGAGGCCACGGCCAUGACCACGCAGGCCCGCAGCUCCUACCUGGCCAACGAGAUCCUGUGGGGCCACCGCUUCGAGCCCGUCCUGUUCGAGGAGAAGAACCAGUACAAGAUCGAUUACUCGCACUUCCACAAGACGUACGAGGUGCCGUCCACGCCCCGCUGCAGCGCCAAGGACCUGGUGGAGAACAAGUUCCUGCUGCCCAGCGCCAACUCCUUCUGCUAUGAGAACGAGCUGGCCUUCCUGAGCCGCGACGAGGAGGACGAGGCGGACGGAGAGCAAGACGGCCAUGGCCCCCAGGCCAGGCGCGACUGUGACAGACCCCAGGUCAGCGCUGCCCUCGAGCAGCGGCCCUACAGACGGGAGUCCGAGAUCUGAGCCGCCGUCGGCCAAGGUGCACCGUCUGCCCCGCUGAGGAGAGGCCCCGGGUCCUGAGAGGGCCCUGGGCCUGAGCAGAAUGGGCUUGGGCCCUGGAUGCAGACUCAGUAGUGUUUUAGAUGUUUUACGUUUCUUCACAAUGGCCUGGGGAUGUUGGUGGGAGAGUGGGUGGCCUGAGUGGCCUCUGAAGUCGGAGCAGGCCUGGGGGCGGGGAAGUGGCCUUCUGGGGGCCGGGGCAAAGGAGCCAGGGGCUUCUGCCUGAGGAGGGGGCUGCAGCCUGUGCAGAAACGGCUCACCAGCCACCUGGCCUCUGUGAGAAAAGACUGGCAGGCCGCAGGGCACCUCACUGGUUUUUAACUUGGGAGAAACACCGGGUUUUGGCUUUUUCAACCUUAGUUUGAGUAAGACUGUUUACAAAAGAGAAAAAAAAACGUGAUGGAAAAAAGUUUUAUAAUUCGUGGGUGGGGAAAAAAAGGACAAUCAGGAUCCCAUUAGUCUGCUAGCAUGCAAGCAGCUGGGUGGAGUUUCCAGAAGGCUCCCAAGGCUGGGCUGUCCCCUCUUCCGUGAAGGCCAGGUGUGUACCCAGUGGCACGACCUGCAGGGCAAGCACGGGGCUCACCCCGUUCUCUGCGCUCACAGAGUGAACUGGAUUUCAUCUGUGAUGGCAAAACCGAGACCGUGUUAGGGGCCAUAAUAAAAGCUUUCCAGUGUCACUGGGGUGGGAAUGAGGGCCGGGAAGAAUCCAGUUUGAGCUCUUUAAGUUUGACUCCGUACCUCCUUCGAGGUGCGUCUCAGGGCUGGGGUGGGACCUGCCUGCUUGGAGGGUCUGCUCCCCACCCCCUGCCGCGGUCCACUGGAUUCUCCUGUCGUGCUUCUCUCGCCUUUUCUGCCCAGCGGCCUCCACCCCUCCCCCAGAGAGGGGCAGCUGGGGAAUGUAGGGCUGGAUGGCCCCAUGGGAAGGGGAGCUGGGUUCCCCGACUCCAAGGACGUGCUUCAGCCCCAUCCCCUCGGGGCCCCAGCAUGAGUCGUGCCUUAGAGACCCUGGGGGUCCGGCUCCAGCUGUCACUGUUUUUAUUGGACGCGCCCACCC